GAUUAUUAUAUUAUUGUAUCUCUAUCUCUAGUUGACAUUUUUAGUACCAGGGAUCAUCUUCUAUCACUCAGUCACUCUAUUAGACAGAUCCGAGGCGAUGUUGCUUAGUGCUUCAGCGACACCAUUAGCGCCGAGGUUGUGUUUUCUUGCAGCGGAGAAACCGGUGAAUCGUCGCCCUAUGAGGCUCUCAGGGGCAGCAAUUGGGUCGUCAUCGUCGUCGACGAAUUUCGAUCUGAAGACGUACUGGGGAACUCUGAUAACGGAGAUCAACCAGAAGCUGGACGAGGCGAUACCGGUCAAAUACCCUACGGGGAUCUACGAGGCCAUGAGGUACUCAGUGCUCGCACAAGGCGCCAAGCGUGCCCCUCCUGUCAUGUGUGUGGCUGCCUGCGAGCUCUUCGGUGGCGAUCGCCUCGCCGCUUUCCCAACCGCAUGUGCCCUAGAAAUGGUCCACGCGGCUUCGUUGAUACACGACGACCUCCCCUGUAUGGACGAUGAUCCCGUGCGCCGAGGCAUGCCCUCUAACCACACUGUCUACGGCUCAGACAUCGCCAUUCUCGCCGGUGACGCCCUCUUCCCGCUCGCCUUCCAGCACAUUGUCUCCCACACCCCUGCAGACCUUGUUCCCCGACCCACCAUCCUCAGGGUCAUCGCCGAGAUUGCCCGCACCGUCGGCUCCACUGGUAUGGCUGCUGGCCAGUACGUCGACCUUGAGGGAGGCCCCUUUCCUCUUUCUUUCGUUCAGGAGAAGAAAUUCGGAGCUAUGGGUGAGUGCUCUGCCGUCUGCGGUGGCCUCUUGGGAGGUGCCUCUGAGGAUGAGCUGCACAGUCUUCGAAGGUACGGCAGAGCCGUUGGGAUGCUCUAUCAGGUGGUAGAUGACAUGGACAUGGACAAGGACAAGGACGCUAUCGAAAUGGCACAAGAGCUCGAGGACAAGGCCAAGAAGGAGCUUCUAGUGUUCGACAACACCCUUGCUGUUCCUCUCCACACCUUCGUUGACUACGCUGCCCACCGUCUUUUUCUCUGAUUUUGGGCCUUCAACGGGCCUUUCGCCGUCCUUAUGGACUUCUCUAUCUCUGUAACUUUUAUCCCACUACUUGGGUUGAUUGAUUAACACGUCUAAUUAUCUUCAUCGUUUAACUUAAUUUACAUGUCAUCAUCCCUAUAUUUCAUU